GUGCCUGGUUGCAUUGAUAGCCGGUCAAAGAGCGCCACCGCUCGCUGAUACAUAUAUACAUACAUACAUCAGGUCCCCUUGACUGUCUCCUUCACAGUGGGAUCGCAGGCAGGCAGACACAGCUGAAACCCAACCGAGCUGGCCGCUGUCCUUGCAGUACGGGGGGAAAACAGGGACCUUGCAAUGAUCUCGCUGGACUUCAAUUUCAACAUCUUGACAAGGGAUCUGUCGCAUUAUCUGGAAAAUCAAGUGAAAGUUGGGCUGUUCGGCUCGGGAGUAGGGCUGUCUCUGGUGCUGGGCUUUAGCGCAGCGUACACCUGCUACUAUUUGCUUUCCGUAGCGAAGAAGCCGCAGCUCAUCUCCGGGGGUAAGAAGUUCUACCAGUUUCUGAGGGAACAAUGUCCGGUAGUGUCAGAGACCUACUACCCCACCUUUUGGUGCUGGGAGAGCCGCAUCCAGACGUUGCUGAGACCCUUUGUCACAGCAAAACCAGGGGUCGUCUACAGGAAUGAGCUUAUUAAGGCAGCAGAUGGAGGACAGAUCUCUUUGGAUUGGUUUGACAACGACGACAGCCUCUCUCAUCCCGACCCCGCCACCAGGCCCACAGUCCUCCUUCUCCCCGGUCUGACCGGCACCAGCCGAGAGUCCUACAUCCUGCACAUGGUCCAACAGAGCCGGGAUCUGGGCUAUAGAUGCGCGGUAUUCAACAAUAGAGGGGUCUCCGGUGAAACGCUGCUGACACCACGGACGUACUGUGCUGCUAACACAGAGGAUCUGGAGACUGUUAUCGAGCACAUCCAGAGGACCUAUGAAGCUGCUCCGAUGAUGGCUGCUGGAGUAUCCAUGGGCGGGAUGAUGCUGGCCAACUACUUGGGGCGCAAGGGCCGGGAAACCUGCCUGAGAGGGGUCGUCGUCUUCUCAGCAGGCUGGGAUGUAUUCGAGUGCACCGCUUCACUGGAAAAACCCCUGGACCGUUUCCUCUUCAACUCCUACCUCACCAGCUGCCUACAAGCCUCUGUGCACAGACACAGGCCAGUGCUUGAAAAGUGUUACGACAUCGAUCAUGUCAUGAAGGCAAAGACCAUUCGAGAGUUUGACGAGAGGUUCACCUCCAUAAUGUUUGGAUACCCUACCAAUGAUGACUACUACCAUGAUGCCAGUCCUGUCCACAGGCUGAAAUCUGUGCAGGUGCCAAUGCUGUGUCUGAAUGCUGCCGAUGAUGUCUUUUCCCCGUCUCAUGCCAUUCCAGUGGAGGCUGUGAAGCAGAAUCCCAACCUGGCCCUGCUCAUUACCUGUCACGGUGGCCAUAUUGGUUUUCUGGAGGGCCUGUGGCCUCGACAGAGCACCUACAUGGACCGAGUCUUCAAGCAGUUUGCUAAGGCGGUUAUCGAACAGGGCAGCCGACUCAAUGACCUCUCCUGAUAAGAGAACUCCACAAAGUGUUCCUCUGGUUUUACUUCCUUACUUUUUUUUUUCUUCCUCUCUUUCCUUCCUUCCUUCUAACUUUUCUUUCAUCUUUGUCAUCCAUUUUUUCCUCGUUGCAUUCCAUCCUUUUUUGUUUUCCUACCUUCCUUCCUUCUACCUUUUUCCUCCCCUCUUUCAUUCUUUCCCUCCUUUCUGCAUUCCAUCCGUCCUUUAUUCCUUCCUUCUCUACCUAAUCCUAAUUCCACCCUUUUCCUUCCUUCCAUUGACUUUAUUUUUAUCUUUUCCCUCCAUCCUUAUGUCCCAUUCUUCCUCCUGCCACAAGCAAAAAAAAACAAACAAACAUUCUUUCUCAUUUGAAAGGCACAUCUUAUUGAAUGCAAGCGUUUGUCUCGCAUUCAACAUCAGUUUAUUUAUUCGUCCAUACAAUUAACAAGUCAUUGUAUGUAAUCAUGCUCUCAAUGGUAUGCUUAUUAAAAAGCAAGCAAGUAGCUGUUCAUGACAGUGUUGAAAAGCUGAUUCUGCGCCCAUGUUGUUUAGUUGCAUUAGCUAGCUAAAAAAAAUUCUAUUACCUUGUGCAAUGAGUUUUCUUUUAAAGUUAACACAAGUACUGUACAUAAAAAAUUCAAUCAUCUUUGUUCAUGAAGCGUCCUUUAGUACUAAUGUCAGUAGGAUUUUAGCCCUCAGGGAUUUUCUUUAUUUACCCAUCUUUCCUGUGGAUUUUUGUUUUGUCAGUCAUUAUCCUUUAGUUUGUAUUUUUUUCUCAGUCAUUGGGAAAGCAUUUUUUGCACUCUCUUGCUGAGAGUUAGAUGAGAAGAUCGAUAACACUCUCAUAUUUGUCUGUGAAACUUGAAGCAACAGCCAGGAAUAUAAAACUACAACUUGCUGUUUUUGCGGCUCAGUUUUUGUACAAGUAAAUAAUGGAGAUAAAUUGGGUUAAUUUGGUGCAAAUUUUUGUUACCUUUGGACACAGGCUAGUAGAUUCCCAUAUCUUCCGGUCUUAAUGCUAAAUUAAGCUACCUGUCUCCUGGCUGUAGCUUCAGAUUUAGCACAACAGACAUGACAGCGGUGUUGAUUUUCUUAUCUAACUGUAAGUGUAUUUCCCGAAAUGUCGAAACAGUUCCUUUAAACAUAGAUGUUAUUUACCAGUUGACAUACACUAGUUUCUUUUCUUUCAGUCUUCUGCAUGCACUUUUGUUUUUUCACACAUUCUACCUUCUACACCAAAUAGUUCUACAAAUGUAUAAUACCGAGAAUAAUUAAUUAAUGACAAGGAAUGUGAAAUUGCACUAUUUUAGUUGACACUACCAUGCCUCUAAUUCCUUAAUGCAAUGCACUUCAUUUCAUUUGAUAUAUUAAAAGUAUAUUCCAAAAAGGCUGAGCAGAGCAUUAUAUGAAUUCCAAGAGAUGUUCUUUGUGAAAAUGUUGGUGGUUAGUUGUGUAUGUGAGUAAGAGGGUGCUAGAUACAGUGAUGUGAAUGAAGUAAUGCACAUGGGAAGACAAGAGAGUGUACAUAUUGGUGGUUUGAAGUGGCGGGUGUUGCUUUACGAGAUGCAUAGUAUCGUUAAUGGAACCUGGUCGUCGCCUUUUUUUUGUUUCGUUUCGCCAACAAUGAUCAAGGGGCUGGCUACCGCGUAUGAGUUGGCAUCGAUGAAACGAGCAGAUCUGACCGACGGCCAGGCUUUCAGUAAUGCACUGCAUGAGGGAUUUUUGACUUCCUGUUCCUGUGGAAUUUUUUGGUGUCUGUUUGUUCUGCCAAGUGUCCAUUGAGUAGCAUGUAUCUCAUCAACGUCAUCAUGUCCUGAACCUUACGACUAACACCACACGAUCUGUAGCACAAAGGACACGUUUGUGUUUCCUCAUAGGAUGCUGCAUUACAUUUUGUACACCGCAUAAAAAGAAGAAAAAGAAAGAAACAUUCUGUUUAACAUGUGCAGCAAUAAGAUUUUAAAUUUAAAAAAAAACAUGUCUCUGUAGUAUAAGUACUAGUAUAUGCACAUUAUCAACAUGAGUGUAAUAUGCUGUAUUUAAUAAAUUAUUAAACAGA